CUGAGUGAAUAAAAACGAACCGACAGACACACCACAGGAAAAUGUUGUCUUUUCUGGUCGCCCUGAUCUCUUCUGUAGCUGACAGUUCGAAAAUCAGGCGCCAUACGUAUAUUCACAGUUCGUUGGUUGGGUCACAACAAUCCCCUUCACCACACCCACCCACUUGUCAGUGUUUCGCAUUCCAUCUCAUGAUGUCCCUCCCUACUCAGAACCGGCUCCACACCUUAUCUCAACCCAACCUGAGCUCCAAGCCCGUCUGCGUCCAACGAAGCCCACCCGUGACCGCUCUGCAUAAAAUUGGACUCAGGACCUUACCUCGACAUGCCUUGACCUUGAAUGCCAAUCACAGUCAUCAUGCCUGGACAUCUGUGAUGGAACCGUCUCACUGGUCUAAGCACGGAUCUUUCGAGGUCAACCAAAGUUUGCCGGUGGUGGGCCAGAAACCCCGCCAUCAUCAUCGGAGUUUUAAUGGAUGGGGGUUGGACCGCUCUUUGGGAGCUCGGGACACGCCUCCCGCACAGGCAAUGCUCACCUUCAAUGAACAGGGCGAUAUAUUGACCUUCAAUAAUAUCGGGAAGGAUGUCUUUCAUGAAAGUGGGAUUGAUGUAAGGAGAGCCAAUUUUUUCCGAGAUAUUUUGAUGGAGCCCUCAGAUUCCUUGAUUGGUCAACUGAAGGCAUUCAUUCAAGGCGGAUCACAAACCAUUCCAGUCGAACUUAUCAUGGGUUCAACACGUCGGUCCGGCCAGAUCGCGAUGCCUCAGGGUAAUGAACGGAACCUCUUGCUCUCUCUUAAUCCCUCCACCUCUUUCCAAGGCCGGGCUUUGCUGGAUUCUAACUUUCUCAUUUUGGACAUGGACCAAGGUGCCAGAUUUAUGUGGAAUUUGACUCCCGAGCAAAGAAACCAGACUUGGGCCUUAAAGGACUUGCUUGAUUGCAAUCGACCAUAUGCUCACGAAGAGAUUCCUAUUGAAUUUGAAACGAGCCUUCAAUCUCCGGAGGGAAUUCCUUUCCCCGUUCGCAUUUCCAUUUCUCAUUUUGGUGCCCAAUUUGUUCCCUCAGAAGAGCCUUCGUUCCUUCUUGAAAUGACGGCGUUCCCGGAGGAUGUCGGGAUGCUAAUUGUGGAUAGGGAUCUGGUUGUCCAAUAUUCUGAUCCUGUGGUGUCCGUAGAUAUGUUUGGGCUUCAAGAGUGCGAGAUUGUAGGUCAACAUCUGUCUGAGCUUUUAUCGGUCUCAGAUUUAGACGAGCUCAAAUUCCAUGGAGAACCCAUUUCCAAAAUUGCACAACCUCUCCAGAGUAUCGAGUGGGGUCUGGAAAGUUUGCAUUUGGACACAAGUCCUUCGGAAAACGGAAAAGAGAAGCCAGCUCAAGUUUAUGAAUCGCCCAAAUCAGUUGCCAGGCUGAGUUCAAGACGCAAUAUGGAAGAUGGUGCUCUCACUUCGGAUGUUCUCACCUCGACCCCUGCUAAACCAAUCAGAUCUAAGGUCGAUCGACUGCACAUUUCUUCAUCUAAAGACACCAUGUGUUCGAAAGUGACCGGAAAACGAUGGGAUGGCGAGAUUUUUGAUCUUGUGGUGACUUGGAAAGGUGCUCAAGUUCAAGAACAAAGUGCUCAAGGAACUGUCAUCCUUUGGUUGUCUCGGGAUUAUACUAACUUGAGAGAGUCAAUCAACAACAGCCACCUAGCGUUGGUUAGAGAACAGAAUGAGAGUAUGGUGCGAGGAGAAAGUCAACAUACCAAUCUAUCUUUGGGAGAGAUUAUCAAGUCCACUGCCGAACAUGGGUUGCAUGAUUGUCAACCCAAACACCAAUACGAAUAUCCAGAGUGUGAGGAUAUAUUUACUGCUGGAGACUACAAAGUACAUUAUAAACCACUCAAAAUGAUAGGGGAAGGCGGGUUUGGAUUUGUCACGCGAUCGUACAGGCUGUCCGAUAAGAAGUUGAAUGUAAGCAAGUUCAUCAAAAAGGGCCGAUUAUCGGAAGAUUGUCUAGUUCCUUCUCCCUCUGGUUCUCAAAUACCCAUUGAAGUGAAUUUUCUUAUUGAUCUACAACAUGCCAACGUUGUAAGAUUACUGGACCAUUUUGAGAAUGAGUCCUAUCACCAAAUUGUCAUGGAACAGCAUGGCUUUGGAAUGGAUCUAUUUGAAUUCCUGGAUCGAACCCCAUUAAUGUCCGAACCUUUGGCGAGCUACAUAUUCCGACAGAUUGUAGAGGCAGUGGGUUAUUUACAUUCCAAAAACAUUUUGCACCGUGAUAUCAAGGAUGAAAACGUUAUUAUUGACGAGAAUUUCCACGCGAAACUCAUUGAUUUCGGCUCGGCCACCAAGUUCGAAUUCGGUGAGCAAUUCGACACAUUUUCGGGCACAAUUGAAUAUUGCUGUCCGGAAAUCUUGCAAGGAAAUCUGUAUGAUGGCCCUGAAGCUGAGAUAUGGGCUCUGGGCAUCUUACUAUACAUCAUCUUGUUCGUGGAGGCGCCUUUUCAGAAUGUAGAGGAAAUAAUCAAUUUCGAACCCAUGAUAGUGGGCCGUUAUUUGGAAAUUGGACAGUUAUGCGAGCGAUUGUUGCUCCAAAUGCUAAAAAAGAAUCCAAAGAAGCGACCCAGCCUACAGUACAUUCAAGAUCAUCCGUGGACCUUGCAACCAUUUGACGUCAGUGCCCAUAAUUUUCGAGAUGUUGUGGAUUGCAGUCCGGAAGAAUAUGAACCAAAACAUCAUUACGAAGAUUAUUAAUAAGGAUCGAGUGUCUUGUCCCCCUAACAAAUGAUAAUACAUGCAAUAAAUUGGCAUCACACUUUCCCGCA